AUGCAGAGUUUUUCAAAAGUAAGUAAGAAGAAUAUGCUCAAUAAACGAAAGGAAAAAUAUUAACAAAAUAAAAUGACAACAACGAAGCUAUAUAAAAGGGUUACUGGUACCCAGUCAAUGUGCAGGGGUAAGAUAUUCUUCAAAUAGCCACCCUUUGCCUUGAUGACAGUUUUGCACACUUUUGGCAUUCUCUCAAGGCAGUGUUUCUUGUGGCCAGAGACAUUAGCGUGGGGAGACUUAAAACCGUUCUACCUCACUUCUACCAACUUGUCUUCUGCGCCACAAGGUGCCCUAAAACUCUAAACCACUUUUAUUAUACGCACACAAGCAAAUAUUGUCUAUUAUAUUGACAAGAUAGUCAAGCCAAUGACAGGGCAGAUACACAUGUGAACAACAGGCCAUACAGAUAGAGGACUCAUCUUUGUAUUUGUGCCAUUAUAGUGUCCGUGACAGCAUGGGCAGUGCCAUUGAAGCUCCAUUUUAAAGUAGUCCAUUUUCUUCUUCUUUAUUGGCUGAUUGCUCCCAACACUUAGGAAUUCUUCAUAUGAAGAAUACGGGAGAUUGUUGUCACAUGUAGCACACAGCCAGUACUUGCCAGAAAUUCCUGCAGUUCCUUUAAUGUUGCUGUAGGCCUCUUGGAAGUCUCCCUGACCAGUUUUCUUCUCGUCUUUUCAUAACUUUUGGAGGGACGUCCAGUUCUUGGUAAUGUCUCUGUUGUGCCGUAUUUUCUCCACUUGAUGAUGACUGUCUUCACUGUGUUCCAUGGUAUAUGUAAUGCUUUGGAAAUUAUUUUGUACCCUUCUCCUGACUGAUAUCUUUCAACAAUGAGAUCCCUCUGAUGCUUUGGAAGCUCUCUGCGGACCAUGGCUUUUGCUCUGAGAUGCAACUAAGAAAAUGUCAGGAAAAUCCUACUAGAACAGCUGAACUUUAUUUGUGAUUAAUCAGAGUCACUUUAAAUGAUGGCAGGUGUGUAAUGACUUCUAUUUAACAUGAGCUUGAAUGUGAUUGGUUAAUUCUGAACACAGCCACAUCCCCACUUAUGCAACCAGGUUAUUGUAAGGUUUUAAUUUUUAAUUUUUCCCCCUCAAAGAUUUCAGUUUGUUUUUCAAUUGAUUUGUUCACAUUAUAGGUCACAUUAACAGUGGAUAAAGUUCUGACAUGAUUUAUCUUUGUCUCAUUCUUUUACAUCACAAAAACCUGGCAUUUUAACAGGGGUGUGCAGACGUUCUAUAUCCACUGUAUUUUGUGAAGUGCACCAGUCCCUCCUGCAGCAAAGCACCCCCAAGGCAUGAUGCUGCCACCCCGGUGCUUCACGGUUGGGAUGGUGUUCUUCGGCUUGCAAGCAACCCCCUUUUUCCUCCAAACAUAACGAUGGUCAUUAUGGCCAAACAGUUCUAUUUUUGUUUCAUCUGACCAGAGAACAUUUCUCCAAAAAGUGCAAUCUUCGUCCCCAUGUGCAGUUGCAAACCAUAGUCUGGAUUUUUUAUGCUGGUUUUGGAGCAGUGGCUUCCUCCUUGCUGAGCGGCCUUUCUGGUUAGGUCGACAUAGGACUUUGGAUUUUCCCAUGAUGUCAAGCAAAGAGGCACUGAGUUUGAAGGUAGGCCUUGAAAUACAUCCACAGGUACACCUCCAAAUGACUCAAAUGAUGUCAAUUAACCUAUCAGGAGCUUCUAAAGCCAUGACAUAAUUUUCUGGAAUUUUCCAAGCUGUUUAAAGGCACAGUCAACUUAGUGUAUGUAAACUUCUGACCCACUGGAAUUGUGAUACAGUGAAUUAUAAGUGAAAUAAUCUGUCUGUAAACAAUUGUUAGAGAAAUUACUUGUGUCAUGCACAAAGUAGAUGUCCUAACUGACUUGCCAAAACUAUAGUUUGUUAACAAGACAUUUGUGGAGUGGUUGAAAAACUAGUUUUAAUGACUCCAACCUAACUGUAUGUAAACUUCCGACUUCAACUGUACCUCUCUCCCAAAUGUCCCACUGUGUCCCUUACAGCCUGUUUGAGUUCAGUGAGUACCACUCACUUUCACUGGUGGCUUAUAUAUUUGUCUGCAGGAAGCUUAUCUCUAACCCAAACACCAGAUGGUGGCCUGUAAUUCAAUAUCCAAGGCUCAAUCCCUCUGUUCGUCAUGUGACCUUGUAUAGAAACCUCAGCAUUUUUUUAUGACUAAACUAUGGCAUUAUUAGAGGGCUAUCUGAAAGGCACUGAUAACAUAUUACCAUUCACAUACUGUCAACACAUAAAAUUUGACAUAAACUGAUAGAUCAUGAGUACCAUGAACCUUUCCACUUUACCUUCUUUAUCAAUGUCCUUGUCACUUUCACUAGUCUCCAUAUCUGUUUCCUUCAACUAGAACCCCUCUACUCUUCCCAAUAGGAAAAACCCUUCUCAAUCACUACUGCUAAUACACACGGAUCACUCUCAAACAAUGUUCUGCUUUUACCCCUACUGUAAGGUUUAAAAACAAAAAUGAUAACUUUCUCCUUAUUGGAAGGCAUUGUUUUCAUUUUAGUCUACCCUAACAAUGUUACUCUACAGUGGGGAGAACAAGUAUUUGAUACACUGCCGAUUUUGCAGGUUUUCCUACUUACAAAGCAUGUUGAGGUCUGUACUGCAUUUUAUUGCAUGACAUAAGUAUUUGAUACAUCAGAAAAGCAGAACGUAAUAUUUGGUACAGAAACCUUUGUUUGCAAUUACAGAGAUCAUACAUUUCCUGUAGGUCUUGACCAGGUUUGCACACACUGCCGCAGGGAUUUUGGCCCACUCCUCCAUACAGACCUUCUCCAGAUCCUUCAGGUUUCGGGGCUGUCGCUGGGCAAUACGGACUUUCAGCUCCCUCCAAAGAUUUUCUAUUGGGUUCAGGUCUGGAGACUGGCUAGGCCACUCCAGGACCUUGAGAUGCUUCUUACGGAGCCACUCCUUAGUUGCCCUGGCUGUGUGUUUCGGGUCGUUGUCAUGCUGGAAGAGUAAUAGGGGUUUAAUGGCACAGGCAGGGAGCCCAGCCAACAGCGAGUUGCAGUAAUCCAGACGGGAGAUGACAAGUGCCUGGAUUAGGACCUGUGCCGCUUCCUGUGUAAGGCAUGGUCGUACUCUCCGAAUGUUGUAGAGCAUGAACCUACAGGAUCGGGUCACCGCCUUGAUGUUAGCGGAGAACGACAGGGUGUUGUCCAGGGUCACGCCAAGGCUCUUCGCACUCUGGGAGGAGGACACAACGGAGUUGUCAACCGUGAUGGCGAGAUCAUGGAACGGGCAGUCCUUCCCCGGGAGGAAGAGCAGCUCCGUCUUGCCGAGGUUCAGCUUGAGGUGGUGAUCCGUCAUCCACACUUAUAUGUCUGCCAGACAUGCAGAGAUGCGAUUCGCCACCUGGUUAUCAGAAGGGGGAAAGUCUACUUGUGUGCUGCUAUAGCCCCUUGCUUUAGCUAUUGUCAUUGAGUUCGCUAAAUAUUUUCAUAAAGAAACUGAUAAAACACACAGGUGCUAAAUCAAGGUGUCUUACAAAGAUGAGGACCAAGAGCAAGAGAGGGAAUGCGGUUAUGUAGUGUCCACAACUAAAGAAUCAUUGUGGAAUCUGAAAAGACACGUAUCCCAAAAGCAUGAUGGUGUACUUACUACGUGCACAUGCUAAAAGAAAGGAUCAGGGUGGGUAGAUAACUAAGUGUGUCAUUGUAGCAAAGUAUUUAUCAACUUUCAUUUUUGUUCUAUUAUCUAUACAAUAGGCCAUAAUUGAUUUUGGCCCAAUAUGCCUGGAAUAUUCCCCACAUUCAAGGAGCUUUCCGUUUUGACUGGGUUAUUUAGCCUAAAAACCUUUAUGCCUAUAUAUAGAACACAUUUUUUUAAACAACUCUGCAUCUCUGCCCAGCCUGGCAAGAAAGGGCCAAAAGGGGGUUUAGCAUCCCCAGUCGCUCUGCAAGAGUGGAGAGGAUAUUCUCUGCUGCUGGCCUGCUCUCAAGGCACCAUCGCGUGAACCUGAAGCCACAGACUGGCCAAACUCGUGUUUCUAAAAAUGAAUUCAAAAGGCACUAAUAAGUCAUUUCUCGUUUAAUUUGUAUUUAAUUCUAAGUAAGACACAGCCUAGAUGUGCAAUGUAUAGACUAAUGAUUUAAUACAACAAAAUGUUGUUUAAAUGCUGAGUACGUUAUGUCCCUACCAACCUAUUGUGUCGCACUCGCAAAUGCUUCACAAUGUAUUUCUUUGUAGGCUAUAGUCUUGAAAUAAUAUAGCCUAAAUAAUUCAUUUUUGUUCCUUCUUAGGCUCCCUGUCUGGCUCCUGACCUAUUUAUAGUGUUUAUGUGCUGUUUAAUAUGACAUUUAGCCUAUUUGAAAUUAAGUGCACCUUACAUUCACCUUUUCAUGUUUAUUCAAAUACUUUUCAUUGAAAUCCAUAUGGUUCGGUUUCAAUACUUAAAACCCAAUUGGUAGGUCCAGGUAGUCAUAAAAAUAGAUGGGUGUUGGUUAAAUUGUGAUUUUAAUAAAUCCCCCCGCACAGUCCCCGCAGCAGGACAAUUUUCUCAAGGCUUCUGGAAAGAAAUGCUUUCGGCAUUCUCAACCGGUGUCGUUCAUUCAGCCGACAGAAACGUUCAACCUGUUCUCCCCAUAAGCAACGAGUCAGAGUCAGAGGCUGAGCCUUCUCAGGUCUCUACUCCACCCGUUACGGGGUCUAAUAUUGCGGGUAAUGGAGUCACCAUAGCCUCCCACCAUCAGCUCUGACAAAUUGAAAACCCUAGUCAUUGGCGACUCCAUUACCCGCAAUAUUAGACUUAAAAAGAAUUAUCCAGCGAUUAUACACUGUUUACCAGGGGGCAGGGCUAAUCUGAAGAUGGUGCUGGCUGAGACUAAAACUGGCGAGUUUAGAUGGUUCAGGGAUAUCGUUAUCCACGUCGGCACCAACGAUGUUAGGAUGAAACAGUCAGAGGUCACCAAGCGUAACAUAACUUCAGCGUGUAACUUAGCUAGAAAGAGGUGUUGGCAUCGAGUAAUUGUCUCUGGCCCCCUCACAGUUAGGGGGAGUGAUGAGCUCUACAGCAGACUCGCACAACUCAAUCGCUGGUUGAAAACUGUUUUCUGCCCCUCCCAAAAGAUAGAAUUUGUAGGUAACUGGCCCUCUUUCUGGGACUCCCCCACCUACAGGUCCAAGCCUGGCCUGCUGAGGAGUGACAGACUCCAUCCAAGCUGGAGGGGUGCUCUCAUCUUAUCUAUCAACAUAGACAGGGCUCUAACUCCUCUAGCUAGGUGCCAGGCAGCAGGCUUUUAACCAGCCUGCCAGUUUAGUGGAGUCUGCCACCAGCACAGUCAGUGGAGUCAGCUCAGCUUUCCCUAUUGAGACAGUGUCUGUGCCUCAAACUAGGUUGGGCAAACUAAACAUGGCGGUGUUCGCCUUAGCAAUCUCACUGGAAUAAAGACCUCCUCCAUUCCUGUCAUUAUUGAAAGAGAUUGUGAUAAUCUCACAUCUCAAAAUGAAGCUACUUAAUGUUAGAUCCCUCACUUCCAAGGCAGUCAUAGUCAAUGAACUAAUCACUGAUCAUAACCUUGACUUGGGUUUUGUCCAACAUGUCUCCGUACCUACGCAUUGCCAGAGUCAUACACUGGAUCUGGUAUUGUCCCGUGGAAUGAAUAUUGUGGAUCUAAAUGUUUUUCGUCAUAAUGCUGGACUAUCGGACCACCAUCUUAUUACGUUUGCAAUCGCAACAAAUAAUCUGCUCAGACCCCAACCAAGGAUUAUCAAAGAUUCCUAGAUGCCCUUCCAGACUCCAUCCACCUACCCAAGGACGUCGGAGUAUAAAAAUAACUGAGAAUCUACAUUUAACCUUGCGUAAUACCCUAGAUGCAGUCGCACCCCUAAAAACAAAAAACAUUUGUCACAAGAAAUUAGUUCCCUGGUAUACAGAAAAUACCCGAGCCCUGAAGCAAGGUUCCAGAAUAUUUAAAUGGAAUGGCGCUCAACCAAACUGGAAGUCUUCCAACUAGCUUGGAAAGGCUGUACCUAAUUUUCCAAUCUAAUUGAGGAGAAUAAGAACAAUCCUAAAUGUAUUUUUUAUACUGUCGCAAAGCUAACUAAAAGCAGCAUUACCCAAGAGAGGAUGGCUUUCACUUCAGCAGUGAUGAAUUCAUGAACUUCUUUGACGAAAAGAUCAUGAUCAUUAGAAAGCAAAUUAUGGACUCCUCUUUGAAUCUGCGUAUUUCUCCAAAGCUCAAUGGAGACAGUUUUUUAAAUCCUAUAUCUCUUGACACAUUCAUGAAAAUAGUCAUGGCCUCUAAACCUUCCAGCUGCAUACUGGACCCUAUUUCAACUAAACUACUGAAAGAGCUACUUCCUGUGUUUGGCCCUCCUAUGUUGAACAUAAUAAAAUGGCUCCCUAGAAAAAGCCAAACUUUGCCCUUGAAAAUGUAAAAAACUAAAUCGACCUAUAUCGAAUCUCCCAUUCCUCUAAAAAAAAAUUAAAAAGCUGUUGCGCAGCAACUCACUACCUUCCUGAAGACUAAUGUAUAUGAAACACUUCAGUCUGGGUUUCGACCCAAUCAUAGCACUGAGACUGCACUCGUGAAGGUGGUAAAUUACCUUUUAAUGGUGUCACACCAAGGCCUCGUGCUCUUGGACCUUAGUGCUGCUUUUGAUACCAUCGAUCACCACAUUCUUUUGGAGAGAAUGGAAACCCUAAUUGGUCUACACAGACAAGUUCUUGUCUGGUUUAGAUCUUAUCUGUCGGAAAGAUAUCAGUUCGUGUCUGUGGAUGGUUUGUCCUCUGACAAAUCAAUUGUAAGUUUCGGUGUUCACCAAGGUUCCGUUUUAGGACCACCAUUGUUUUCACUAUAUAUUCUACCUCUUGGUGAUGUCAUUCGGAAACACAAUCUUAACUUUCACUGCUAUGGAGACGACACACAGCUGUACAUUUCGAUGAAACAUGGUGAAGCCCAAAAAUUGCCUACCCUGGAAGCCUGUGUUUCAGACAUAAGGAAGUGGAUGGUGGCAAAUGUUUUACUUUUAAACUCGAACCAAACAGAGAUGCUAGUUCUAUGUCCCAAGAAACAAAGAGAUCUGUUGUUUGAUCUGACGAUUAACCUUGAUGGUUGUAUAGUCGUCUCAAAUAAAACUGAAGGACAUCAGCAUUACUCUGGAACCUGAUCUCUCUUUUGACAAACAUAUCAAUAAUAUUUCAAGGGCAGCUUUCUUUCACCUUCGUAACAUUGCAAAAAUCUGAAACCUUCUGUCCAAAAAUGAUGCAGAAAAACUAAUCCAUGCUUUUGUCAUUUCUAGAUUAGACUACUGCAAUGCUCUACUCUCUGGCUACCCGGAUAAAGCACUAAAUAAACUUCAGUUAGUGCUAAGUACGGCUGCUAGAAUCUUGACUAGAACCCCAACAUUUGAUCAUAUUACUCCAGUGCUUGCCUCUCUACACUGGCUUCCUGUUAAGGCUAGGGCUGAUUUGAAGGUUCUACUGCUAACCUACAAAGCAUUACAUGGACUUGCUCCUACCUAUCUCUCCGAUUUGGUCCUGCCAUACAUAGCAACACAUACGCUAUGGUCACAAGACACAGGCCUCCUUAUUGUCACUUGAAUUUCUAAGCAAACAGCUGAAUGCAGGGCUUUCUCCUAUAGAGCUCCAUUUCUAUGAAAUGGUCUGCCAAUAUGUGAGAGAUGCAGACUUGGUCUCGACCUUUAAGUCUUUACUGAAGUCUCAUCUCUUCAGUAGGUCCUAUGAUUGAGUGUAGUCUGGUCCAGGGCUGCGAAAGUGAACGGCAAGGCACUGGAAUGACGAACCGCCCUUGCUUUCUCUGCCUGGCCGGCUCCCCUCUCUCCACUGGCUUACUAGUCACUGGCUUACUAGUGCUCUUCCAUGCCGUCCCUAGGAGGGGUGCAUUACGUCGUGCCAGGCUUUAUUGCGAUAUACUCGACUUUAGUGGGUUAAGUCACUGACGUAAUCUUCCUGUCUGGUCUUGCGCCCCCUCGGGCUCGUGCGGUAGAGGAGAUCUUUGUGGGCUUUGAGUGCUGCCACCGCCUGUGCGCAAAGUGCCUGGCCAAGAUCUUAGACCUGGCGAGUCGCCCCCCCAACGCCGUGGUGUGCCCGUUUUGUCGCUCAUUCACUGGUUUGCCGGGGGAGGCGGUUGCCAGCUUCCCGGAUGACUGCAACCUAGUGGUGGUGCUGGCCCUCCAGACCCGGAACCAGAGGAACCUGAACUACCACCAUGAGGGCUCCACUGAGCUGCUGCUCAGUCCCAGGUGCCUGAGCUCGCUCAUGGGCAACCCUCCCUGUGGCACACCUUCCACCACCACCACCCACACCUACUUGCCCAACUACAUGGUCAUCACCAUCAUGGAACCGCCUUCGCCUUCAUCUCCCCAGGAACGCCACCCUCAAUCCCACCCCCCCGGAGUUGCCACCAUCCAGGGUAGGGACUACAGCUCGUCCAGCCUGUACACCAUGGCCUCAAUCCCCCAGAGGUGA